AUGACUGAGACAUGGUUACGUGAGGAUGAUAAUGAAUUUUCUAUUGCUGAAAUCUGCCCAACGGGGUAUCACUUUUAUCACGUUACAAGGAAAAAUGCACGAGGUGGAGGAGUUGGUCUCUUACUGAAGAAAUAUAUUAAAGUGAAAAAACAAUCUCAGAGAAAAUUCUCUUCUUUUGAAUAUAUUGAUGUCACCUUGAACUGCCGUAAUACCUGCACCAGAAUGAUUGUCAUUUAUAGACCACCCCCAUCGAAGACUAAUAAAUUAAGCAGCUCAAUAUUUUUGAUCAUAUUACCUGGCAAUAUAUUAAUGGCAGGAGACUUUAAUUUUUAUAUAGAUAACAUUGGAGAUUCAGCUACUAUUAAGGAAUCGUUUAAUUUACAACAGCACGUCAAUGGGCCAACCCACAAGAAAGGCCACACCUUAGACUUGAUUAUAACAAGGAAUGAAGAUAAAUUAGUGACUGGUAUCAGAAUACAUGAUCCAGUAAUAUCAGAUCAUCUUGCCAUACAUUGUACAUUACAGUUAGAGAAACCACCAUUAGAACAAGCUGAAAUUUAUUAUCGAAAAUUAAACAAUGUAAACAUGGAUAGUUUCAAUGAAGAUAUAAAAGUACUAGAUUUAAAUGACGAUUAUGAUCUUUCAGUCCUUAUUGAUAAAUAUGAAAAUACGUUGAAAGAAACAUUACAGCAGCAUGCUCCACAAAAACGACGAAUUAUAACUCCUUUAUCACCAUGGUACAAUGAGGAGAUUGGUCAAGAAAAAAGAAAUCGCAGGAAACUAGAGCGCCGCUGGCGCGCAUCUGGACUAUGUAUUGACAGACAGUUAUAUGUCAAACAAUGUGAGAGAGUGAAUGCCAUGAUAAAGAAUGCUAAGACAACAUACUACUCAUCGGUUAUUUCCAGUAAUGCACAUAAUCAGAAAGUGUUAUUUAGUACGGUUGAUAAAUUACUCCAUCGAAAGCCAGAAAAGCGCUAUCCAACUGCGUCAUCAACGACUGAACUCGUGAAUAAAUUUGCAGAUUUCUUCAGUAAUAAGAUUGCUAUUAUAUGGAAAGAACUAGCCAUUGAUUCUUCCCACUGUAAUCAGCGAAAUCAAGAGGAACAAUAUGCACAAUGCGUUAAAUUCAUUAACUUUCAAGAAGUCACGGAACAUGAGAUUGAAAAUGUUAUUGAUAAAGUUGGUAAAAAAUCUUGUGAACUUGAUCCAGUUCCCGCAAAAAUCUUUCAAGGUUGUCAGAAGACUCUCUUACCUAUAAUUACUAAGAUCAGUAAUAAGUCACUUCAGUCAGGUUGUAUGCCUGAGAAACUAAAAGAAGCCGUGUUGAAACCAAAACUAAAGAAAGAUUCGCUGGAGUACGAAGAAUACACAAAUUUCCGACCUAUUUCAAAUUUAAAAUUCCUGUCUAAAGUAAUUGAGAAGGUUGCUGCCGGUCAGCUUCUGGAACACUUGGCUAAUAACAACUUAGAAGAACCCUUCCAGUCGGCAUAUAAACGUUUUCAUAGUGCAGAAACAACCCUAUUAAAAGUACAAAACGAUAUUCUUGUAGCCAUUGAUAAUCGUAAGUGUGUGGUGUUGCUAUUACUAGAUAUGUCAGCAGCAUUCGAUACUGUUGAUCACGAACUUUUACUACAACGAAUGUUCAAAAGAUUUGGGAUAGAUGGGCAAGUGUUGAAAUGGUUUCAGUCCUAUCUUCAGAAUAGAACGCAAAGUGUAGUGAUUGACGGUGUUAAAUCUAUCUCUAAAGACUUGCGCUGUGGAGUCCCACAAGGAUCAGUUCUCGGCCCUAUACUAUAUUUAGUAUACACUUCACCCCUUGGUGAUAUCAUCAAAGGUCAUGGUCUUGAUUUUCACUUUUAUGCAGAUGACUCGCAAUUAUAUCUCGCUUUUGAGUCAACCACUGAAGGAAAAGCGGGAGCACUGGUACAAAUCGAAAUGUGUGUAAGGGAGAUUGAUUUGUGGAUGGUCAAAAAUAAAUUAAAAUUGAAUGGGGACAAGACUGAGUUACUAGUAAUCAAUGCACGAAAUCGUUUAUGCCCUGCUGUACACCAUAUAGAAAUAUCUAAGUCAAUAGUUCAACCAAGUAUUUCAGCACGAAACAUCGGUGUAACCUUCGAUCAACACAUGUCCAUGGAUAAACAUAUUACCAAGAUUUGCAAGAACUGUUUUUUCCAUUUGAGAAAAAUAGCAAGAAUAAAAGAGUACUUAUCAAAAUCAGAUAUCCAAACCCUAGUUCAUGCCUUUAUUACAUCGAAACUAGAUAAUUGCAACUCUUUGCUAUACGGACUAUACCUAAAUUUCUUAUAGAUCGAUUACAGAAUGUGCAAAACUGUGCUGCUCGUCUGGUGACAGGAAGCAGAAAAUACGACCAUGUUACUCCAUUAAUGAAACAAUUACAUUGGCUCCCCAUCAGUCAACGCAUCAUCUAUAAAAUUGUUCUUAUCACGUAUAAAUCUCUGAAUGGCUCAGCUCCACAUUACAUUAAUAAUAUGCUAAAACCUUACACACCAUCAGCAAAUUUACGCUCUUCAUCCAAAGGAUUGCUUACCAUACCUUCAGUAAAACUAGUGAACUAUGGUGAACGAUCGUUCUCAUAUGCUGCACCGAAACUGUGGAACGAACUGCCAGAGUAUAUUAGAAAGAGUGAGACCUUGCCUAUUUUUAAAACCAGAUUAAAGACACAUCUUUUUAAACAGUAUUAUGACUAAGUUAUUAUUUUAACAAGAUUAUUAGCAAUUUUAUAGUAUUCUAUAUAGUUGUUGUUUUAAUAUUAUCGACAUACAUAACAUAAAGUAAUUUUAUAUUCUUAACGAGAAGAGCAUAUAAUUAUUUUUUAGUAAUUUUAUAGUAUAGUAAUUUUAGUAGUCAAUGCAUGCACUAUGUUCUAACACUUAGUAUAUAUUUUUAACACUUGAUGUUAAGCGCUAUUGAGCUAUGGGAAAUGGCGCUAUAUAAAUGAAUUAUAAUAAUAAUAAUAAUAAUUAUUUUGGAAGCAAAUACGCAUGCGCAACUCAGCCAAACUCGCACUGCGCACGCGCAGACUAUAAAAAUAGAUUCUCACUGGGGUUUCCCGAUUUCCUCCGCAAAAACAACAAAAUAAAAUCACGGAAUACUGAUCAAACCUUGUAAUAUAAAUACACCCGCAUUAAAUAUUGUUAAAAACACAUUGUAUAUUUUGCUUGCUCAUAUGCUAAAUCACUUCAAUUCAUUGGCUAUUGUUUCAAAAUACCGUUUUAACGUUUAAUUCUACUUUAUAUUAACAUCCUAAUUCAAUACAAAUUUGUGCGAGGUAAAAAACCCACCUGUAUCAAACAGGACGGAGAAUAAAAAAUAUAUAUGCAUACGAUUCACACGAUCAAGGAACAAAUGAAAUAUUUCGCUAAACUUAAAGCCUUGGCCAAACGUAAGAAACAAUGUCGCGGAAAUAUUCGUGAUUUUUAAUUGGCUUUGAUUGCAGACGCAAAAUUUGCUUCCCAGAAAGCAAAUUAUUUCCUAACAAAUUCAGAUUUCAGAAGCAUUUUAUGAAACACUCUUUAUCCGUUUGCCGACGCUUAUAAGACAAUAUGACAUACCGAAAGAUUGGAAAGACAAAUAAUAUGACAACAGUGUUUCCCAGUUCGUCCCGGGCUUUAAGGGAUAUUAAUAUAAACUCGAAAUUCAUCAUAAAAAAAGAUAAAUUGGGAGGAAAUAUAAAAUUCAUUAACAUUUACAAAACAUUAUAGCUAUCUAUAAUUGAAAGAAAUGUUUUCUGAACCCAGAUUUCCAUCAGAGCAAUAAAAUCCCACUUAUUGGAUCCUGGCCAAGGGCUUGCAUGCUCAAAACGAGAUUGCAUGUAUUCUGCAAUAAGCUGUCCUGGCUUUUGUCUGGUAAAGUUCUACUUCUCGUAUUUGAACUAUUUCAUGCAUUAUAUUUAUAUUGUUUCAUAAGUUGGUAUUUAGCCACUAUCUAGAAUAACAAGGAACGAUUCAGCCUGGUUUUUCGUGUCCAUACUAGUUGACGUUUUCUUAUAGAUUUGCUGCUGUGAGUUUCAGCUCCUCCACCAGGGUGCGUUUUAGCUUCUCAGACAUGACCAUACUGUUAACUCUGUCCAUGAGAGGGAUAUAUGUGUUGAUAAUAUAAAUACUGUGGAUCCGAAUGAGAAUAUCGAAUAAGUAAAUAAAUACUGAUCUACUCAACUGAUAAUACCUACAUGAAUUACCAUCAUUGUUCACCUCAAAUCAUUAAUAGUUCAUGAGCAAAUUAGCCAACCUUAUUGCUUAUUUUGCUUACAUGAUAAUACUAGAUACUUUAUGAAGUAUAUUGAUCCUGUAGUGUCCUUGGACUGGAUUAAAAUUAAUUCAGUCCUUGGACUGGAUCAAAAUUAAUUAAGUAGACAUUACCGGAUUUAUUCGUACAUGAGAUGUCAUUUCAGUCAAAUCCUCCAAUUCGGACUGGACUAGAUUUCAAGUCCUCACAUUUUGAUCCAGUCCUCUGAUUGGCCUCGGACGUGAUCAAAUUGUGUGGACUUGAAAUCUAGUCCAGUCCUCAUAGUCGGAUUUGAAAUAUUAUCCUUUGUCAAAUCAGAUGCCAAUGGUGGCCAAGGAAGAUUCAGUUUUGGUAUUUCUUGCAACUUAAACAAUGGUACAGCUCUCAUCAUCAAAGUCCUCAUCAUUGUUUUCAGACUUAGGGCCUGUUUAUAUAGAAGCUGGGCUGGCCUGUUAAGCAAGACAGCCCGGUUUUAAAGCAAGAUCUCGCUGUGUAGUUAUUUUUAUAGUAAAAAUUAUCAUGCGUUUAUAUGGACAAGCGGGCUGGCCCGGUUGCCGAGAUCUCGUUUGAAAGAGGCUACUCAGGCUAGAUCUCGCUUACUGGAAUGGAAAUUUCUCCAUAUAAACAUUUACAAGCGGGCUAUCCCGGUUGCUGGGAUGAAAGUUAAAAAAUACCGCCGCAAGCUAUUUUUAACAACUGUCAAAACAAUACAAUGUAACAAAAUUGUCCUGGCAAGCGGGAUGAAAGUUUCUCAUAUAAACACAAGAGAAAUUCAUCCCGCUUACCGGGCUGCCUCGCUAAGCGGGCCAGCCCGGCUUCCACAUAAACAGGCCCUUAAUUGACAUAUGUUCCUCAACCAAUUCAGAAGAAUCCAAAUUUUCCACAUAUACAAUCUCACUAACAUUUCUCAUUUUCGGUACACAGAACACAAGUUGGGGAUAACUUUUCAUCAGUCGUUGCUUGAGUUUAAAAGCUCUAUAUCUAGAUGCAUCCACAUUCUCAGUGUCCUUAGCAAUGAUAACAAAUUUCUCCAGCAAAUCUUUCAUAUACUUUAUUUGCUUAUUUCCGAUGACCUCCAUCUCAAUUACUUUCUUACAGAAUACAUCAUAAGACUCUCGUACACUGAUACUCUCGUUGCUUCUUCGUCUCUCUGGCGAAAAAUAUUGUAUAAUUGCAGUAGCAAACUUUGUGAUAGCGGAUUUCCAGAGCUACACAGUCUUUCCCCUGGAUUUGCAUGAGUAUCUGUUGAUCAUUCUUUCUCUCGGCAGCUGUACGUAGAAGACCAGCAUCAAUUGUUUCUGCCAAGAUGAGUGGGGUUCUUCUUCUCUUCUUAGUUACCUGGUGUGAAACAAAAUAAAUUAUUAAACUAAAUAUCUGCUAAUAACAAGGUUUGAUGUUUGUAGCAUAGAAACUACUUUACCCUAUAUAAACUAAAUUGAUCACAAUUCAAUAUAUUAUAAAACCAAACCUGAGAAUGUUGUGCACAUUGCGCUAGUAUUAUACCUAUCAAAAUACCAUACCUUGUCUAGUGAGAACCAUGAGGCGUCCUUCCACAAAUAUUACAUAUCUCUGGGAGUACAUGCGCGUUUCUUUUAGGCAGGGCCUUUAUAUUUAUAGCUUCUGCGACUGAUUGGCGUGUAUUAAUUUUUCGCCUUGGUUAUAUUGCCUCCACAGGUUCCACGUGUGAUUCUUCGGUAGAAAUUAUAGUUUUAGAGCUAGUUCCUUCUGCUUUUUCUUCUUUUCUCUGUUAUCUACGGAUCUUCGGUUCAUCACAAAAUCUCUUCCAGCAUUUCAUAUGAUGGUUCCAUUCUAAGUUAAUGGUGUCAGAGUUCUUCUCGAUGUAUGAAUUGACAGAUCCGUCAUCGAUGUUCUCGUACGAUUUCUUAGCUAUUUCAGCUUGUUGACAUUUAAGUUUGGCCCAUUUUGACCUACACUCAAGAAAUUUCUUAAGCCUUUGGCGUGUAACAAAGUUGCUCCGUAACGCUCAAAAUGCAUAAAACAUGAGGAUAUUCGAGUUUUAUAAAUAUCUUCAGCCAUGUUUAUUUGCAUAACUGAGCGUAUUUCCACUUCGAAGCAUGUGCGUUGGUUGUGCGCGUGCGCAGUGCGAGUUUGGCUGAGUUGCGCAUGCGUAUUUGCUAUCAAAACAAUGGCGGUUCGCGCGAAAAUAUCAAACUUUGGAGGGAUUUUUCUCCCAAUUGUGCACGUGUUUCGCUUGGGGAGCAACGGAUUCUAAUAAAGUAAGUUUUUAUCUAUUUAUUCAUGUGAAAAUUACGUAGUUCCACGAGGGGUGCAACGGAAUCCGUUUUCUAAGCAUCUUUUGGAUGCUCAUCCCACGGCCUAUAUACAACGGCCAAUUGUACAAGAAAAACUGAUAAUUUACUCAUCCCUGCUGGUUGCUAUAAUCUAACAUAAUAUAAAAUAAUCCAACAGCUCCUAGUUAUUAAAUUUCAGUUUCAUUCGAACGGCAAAACGCAGUCAAACGGCAACACGCUGGAUAUGUUGAAUCGCGCGCGCAACUCGCGCGGACAUAUCAAGUCAGCGUGGGCAGAGCCAACAAGAGCCAGGCAUUAACCGGCCUGAGUUCUGCUAUUUAGGAAGAUAUUUUGAUUAUGAAAUGACUAAUAAUGAACACAAACUGGAACUAAUCUCCCUUCUAACAAAUCUAAUGAAAAAAUAGAUCUCAAUCCAUUACAUCCGAAGAACAAGAUUCUACUCUACAAUCGUUAUGUUUUAUCGAAACUCUCCUGGCAUCUUACUAUUACAUCUAUUUCAAAAACCUGGAUUUCGAAAAACCUGGAUUCUUUAUUUACGCAAUAUGUUCGCAAAUGGCUUGAGGUACCUAUUUCUGGAACGCUGAGUAACAUCUACCUAACCAGCAACAAAUUUGGUCUUAACAUCAUCCCCCCAUCAACUAAGUUUUUACAAUGCCAGGUAACAAUUCGGAAUGCUUUAAAAUCAUCUUCUAAUGAAUCAAUAAUCCACCUCUGGAAAUCAACAACUAAUCAUACUAAUAUUCAAUACGACCAAUACAGUUCGACGAAGGAAGUGAUUAAGUCAUUUCGUGAUGAUCAAGUAGAUAAAUUAACAAACCAACUAACAUACCAAGGCUCAUUCUUUACCAGUGUAUCAAGAUUUUCCCUAACCCAAGUAAAUACGAUCUGGCCAGCCUGUCAGUCCAAAUUACCUAAAAACAUUUUCAACUUUACCAUUCGGUAUAUAAACAAUUCGCUGCCAACCCGUAGGAACCUUCAAAGAUGGGGGCUAUACUCGUCUUCUGAAUGCUCGUUCUGCAUUAAUCCUGAAUCUCUAUUGCACGUCGUCGCUGGUUGCAGUUCCUACCUCGAUCGAUUUACUUGGAGACAUGACUCAAUUCUAAAUUUCAUUGCUAAUAACCUUCCAUCAGAACAUAUCCAGACCAUUUAUGCUGAUUUGUCGUCAUUCUCUAAUCCUUCUACAAUCACUGGUGAUGAUUAUCGGUCUGAUUUACUAAUUUUGACGAAAGACAAUUGUCUGUAUAUUCUGGAAUUAACCGUUGGAUAUGAGACUAACCUCAGAAAUAAUGUUAACAGGAAAUACUCCAAGUAUAAAGAUAUGAUUAUGGAACAAAAGAAAAAUUAUCAUGCGGUAAACUUCAUCAACCUUUCGAUUAGUGCACUUGGUGUGUUUGACAAAGAAUCUUCUGGUUUUAUAGACAUGUUAGAACAUUUUAAUUUAGAUAAAGCUCAUGUAAGAUACGUUAUUAAAAAGAUUAUUAAUAUUGCAAUAAGAUCAACCUACUACAUUUUUUGUUGUCGAAACAAGAACUGGGUGAAUCCGGACUUGAUGAAACUUUAA